GAAGUAGCUCGUCCUGGUUCAAAAUGUUCUUCUCAGCUGUUGUCCUCGGCUUAGCCGCGACUACAUCUCUCGUGCUUCCCGUCCUGGCCCAGUCAACCUGCAACGGCCAGUCGGCCUACUGUGACCGAAUCUACUCGAAUGUAACGCAGGUUGGCGCUCAUGACAGUCCCUUCGUAGGGCCCCUUCUUCAGCAGAACCAAAAUAUCGACGUUACCGAGCAACUGGACCUUGGGAUUCGUUUUCUUCAAGGCCAGACCCACCAAUCGAUUGACAAUGACACGAUCCUCCUCUGCCAUACAUCGUGUCUCCUUGAAUAUGCCGGAAGCUUGGAGUCGUAUUUGGCCACCGUCAAGGCCUGGCUGGAUGACAAUCCAGACGAAGUCGUGACCUUGCUCCUGACAAAUGGUGACAGUCUACCAGUGACUCAUUUCGCCGAGGCAUUCGAGAGCGCGGCCAUCGCCGACUACGCAUUUGUGCCGAAGUCAUCGCCAAGCACGCUAGCUAUCAACGCUUGGCCAACUCUGCGAGAGCUGAUCGGCAAUGGCACGCGAUUGAUAACUUUUCUGGACUAUGGCGCCGAUGCCACAGCGGUCCCUUACAUCCUCGAUGAAUUCGCUUACUUUUUCGAAACGCCAUACGAUGUGACCGAUGCCUCUUUUCCAACCUGUAGCAUUGAUCGGCCGUCGGGGGCUUCAGCGACCGGUCGUAUGUACAUCGUUAACCACUUUUUGGAUGUCGAUAUCCUGGGCAUCUUGAUCCCAGACCGGGAGCAUGCAGCCGAGACCAAUGCAGUCUCAAGCGAGGGCAGUAUUGGAGCUCAAGCCGAUUUAUGCCUUUCCAUUUAUGGCCAGCUACCAAACGUUAUUCUUCUGGAUUUUGUCGACCAGGGCCAGCCGAUUGCCGCACAAAGUCUGCUCAAUGGGGUGUGAAAAUAAAGUUCUCUGUAUUGACCAGCAUCGCUGGUCGGUGUGUUGCUCACAAUCGUAUUUCCUAUGUAAUUCAGUUCUUUUUUUCUGAAGUGAGCUCGGUGUCUAUCAGCAAUGCAGUCAUUUUGGAUGGUUCGAUAGAAGCAAUUUUAGCGGGUCGACCGUGCCCAGUGUCCGAAGGUGCCGGCAUUGGCUGAUGGUCGAUUGCGAAUGACUCUUGUCAGUUAUGUCCAAGUAUAUACAAUCU